AGUGUAAGGGUGGAUUUUAAGAGGCCGGGUGCUCAACCCACCUCUGAGCUACGCUGUCCUCCAGUGAAAACGACUGUCCGGAAUCCUGCGGUGCUAGGAUCUGGAUCGCCCUGGUGGCGGCAUUGGUACUCCCAGGACCCCGGGUACCCGGGAGUAACAGCCGAGUAAGCAGAACAUUGAACUGAAGCCACGGCUCAGCUUCCAAGAUGGCGCCACUUAAACUGCAUGUGCCUUUCUGCCUCCUCUGCUGCCUGGCCGUGGUGCAUCCCUUUAACUGGCAAGACCCGCCUCCUUUUGACUUUAGGCUAUCAGCAUUGUUUCAUAAGCUUCAAGCGGUGAUGUCUGCUGCCAACUCUGGCCAUAGCAAAAUCCCCAAAGGAAAUGGAUCUUACCCCGUCGGUUGUACAGACCUGAUGUUCGGUUAUGCCAAUGAGAGCAUCUUCUUGCGUCUGUACUACCCGGCUGAAGAUCAAUAUCGUUUUGACACUGUUUGGAUCCCCUACAAAGAAUACUUUUGGGGUCUUAGCAAAUUUCUUGGAACAUCCAGUUUUGUAGGUGACAUUUUGGGCUUCUUCUAUGGUUCAGUGAAGAUACCUGCCAGCUGGAAUUCUCCUCUGAGGACUGGCGAAAAAUAUCCACUAAUUGUCUUUUCUCACGGUCUUGGAGCAUUCAGGACAGUUUAUUCUGCUAUUGGCAUGGACCUGGCAUCUUAUGGGUUCAUAGUUGCUGCUGUCGAACACAGAGAUGCAUCUGCAUCAGCAACCUACUAUUUUGAUGACCAGGCGGCUGCAAAAGCGGAAAACAGGGCUUGGAUUUACUUAAAGAGGAUAAAACCGGAGGAGUCGGAAAGAGGUCGGAAAGAGCAGGUUCGGCAAAGAGCGAAAGAAUGUUCCCAGGCUCUCAGUGCGAUUCUCGACAUUGAACAUGGAACCCCAAAAGAGAACAUUCUAGGUUCAGGUUUUGAUAUGAAACAGCUGAAGGGUGCUAUCAACAGGAAUAAAGUAGCUGUGAUUGGACAUUCUUUUGGAGGAGCAACAGUUAUUCAAUCCCUUAGUGAAGAUCAGAGAUUCAAAUGUGGGGUUGCUCUGGACCCAUGGAUGUAUCCCGUGAGUGAGGAGCUGCCCUCCAGGGUGACUCAGCCUCUCUUCUUCGUCAACUCUGCCCGCUUCCAGUCUCCCAACGACGUCAAAAAAAUGAAAAAAUUCUACCAGCCUGGCAGAGAAAGGAAAAUGAUCACACUCAAGGGUUCAGUGCACCAGACUUUUGUCGACUUUACUUUUCUAUCUGGCAAAAUAAUUGGAGAAAGGCUGCAAUUAAGAGGGGAAAUAGACUCCAGUGUAGCCAUCGGCCUCAGCAACAAAGCUUCUCUGGCUUUCUUACAAAAGCAUUUAGGACUUCAUAAAGACUUUGAUCAGUGGGACUCUCUGGUGGAAGGAAAUAACGAGAACCUGAUCCCUGGGUCACCCUAUGAUGGAGUCACUCAGCCCCCGGCUCUGCAGCACUCUCCAGACUCACACACCCAGAAUUAGAAGAGCUUGUUACGCAGUCUCCUUUUAAAAUUGAGAGAGAGAGAGAGAGAGAGAGAGAGAGAGAGAGAGAGAAUAUGUAGGAAUAUGCAGGAGAUAGAGAAACCAUAAUGUAUUUACCCACCAAAAAAUGGAUGCUUAGACCUUUCCCCCCUGUAAGUGUAAAACAAAAAACAAAACAUAAACUAGAGCAUACAAAAAAUUAUCAACAGUCUAAAUCAUAAUUUUGCAAGGCUGGUCCUUUAAGUGUCAAAUGAAAAGCUACUUUCAUUUCACUUACAGAAGUGUGUUGACAGGAAUAGUCCCAGUGAAAAGCUGUUGCAGAUGACACGAGAUCCUCAAACUUAUAAUAAAAACAGAACAGACUGUCCUGUCUUUGGUUCUCUGUUCUGAGCAGCAGAGUCGAGUUUGAGCAAAAUGAGAGUCUUGCGUAGCAUUUCUCUGUGACCUUUGCUGAGGUAAGAAACUUACACUGUUCUGAUCAGGAAGUCAUUGUCUUGGGGCAGAAUUGGUGGUGCUGUUCAAUUCAAUCGACGAUGAAAUGUGAUGUGAGGUGUUUAGAAUAUCUGAGACAAGUGUCAUAGAGUCAGAGUUGGUAAUUUAGGUUUUCAAUACCGUAAUCUCUGAUGUGUUCGCUUUACUAAAUGGACAUGCUGUGAGCAUUGAGGCUGUGCGAAGCAGGCAAGGUAUGCCCACUCAUGCAAAGACUGCCAAGGACACAAAGGAAACGUUCAAAAUUCUCAGCCAUCUUUGGUUGUUUUAAUUUUAUAUGACAGCAUAUGACAGAUGGCAUUCACCUUUAAUCUCAGGACUUGGGAGGCAGAGAUAGGCGGAUCUCUGAGUUCCCUAUCAGCCUGGUGUACAGAGCGAGUUCCAGGACAGCAAGAGCUACACAAAGAAACCCUGUCUUGAAAACACACACACACACACACACACACACACAAUAUUGUAAAAUUGACAGCUAAGUGAAAGUCUAAAGGGGGUUUUAUAACAUUUUGUGUGUGCUAUGUGUUCGCACAUGGAGAGGUACAUAUGUGUAUGGACAUGCCAGUACACAUGUUAUCGCACACAUGUGGAGACUAGGCAGCAUCCUUCCACCUUGCUGGAGUCAGGCUCUCUUUGCUGUUCUCUACUGCAUAUACCAAGUUAACUGGUCCUCAGACUUCCAGGAAUUCACCUGUCUCUGCCACCUGUCCCAUGAAGGUGUGCUGGUGUCACAAACAAGUCCUACUGUCUCCGACUUUACCUGGGCUCUAGAGAUUCAAAUUCAUGCCCUUUCAUAGCAAAUGCUUCACCCACUGGCCCAUCUCCCCAGCAUUUCAGGGGUGUGGACAUGGGUCUGCAUCCGAGAAUCAGACAAGGAGUGUUUCUCAGUGGCUGCAAGCAUUUAGGCUGUCCACGAGGGGAGCACAUGAUCUGGUUUAAGUAUCCUGCAUCCUGUCUCUUCUACAGAUUUCUACAGAGUGUGAAUUUGCCUUGGGUGGUGUGGACAACGAUUGCCACCCUCCCACCUAGGAGGCAACUGUGUUCUGGUUUGCCAUCAUUUAGUCCCCAGUAGCCAGUCACGUUAAGUCUUUAAAUAGAUAAAAUUCCUUAACAUAAAACU